UUCGAACCCGGAAGUGCAAGCUGUGUGUUCCGCUUCACUGAGAAGCUUUGUUUGAGCCGAACACCGUGGUCGUUAACCGGACCGCCGACGCUCCACCGGACCGCAGAAUCCCCACACCGCCCCCCCCUCUCCCACAGCUCCGGUACCGGGACCCGCCGGCCUUCAGCCCCGGGGCCGCUUCUCUCCGUCUUCCCGCCUUCCUCCGCUGCUCGGCGGCUGUGUGAGAGUCAUGGCGGCCGGAGGCGGAGCGGCCACUCCGCACGUCGGGGAUGUGGAGGAGGACGCGUCUCAGCUGCUGUUUCCGAAAGAGUUCGAGAACGCUGAGACGCUGCUGAACUCGGAGGUGCACAUGCUGCUGGAGCAUCGGAAGCAGCAGAACGAGAGCGCCGAGGACGAGCAGGAGCUGUCCGAGGUCUUCAUGAAGACGCUCAACUACACGGCCCGCUUCAGCCGCUUCAAGAACCGGGAGACCAUCACCGCCGUGCGCAGUCUCCUCCUACAGAAGAAGCUCCAUAAGUUCGAGUUGGCGAGUCUGGCCAACCUGUGUCCUGAGGCGGCGGAGGAGGCCAAAGCCCUGAUCCCAAGUUUAGAGGGACGCUUCGAGGACGAGGAGCUGCAGCAGAUCCUGGACGACAUCCAGACCAAGCGGAGUUUCCAGUACUGAGCUCGGACCCGCAACCAGGUCUGGACCGGCCCUCGGACCCCCAUCAGGUUCAGGUUCAUUACAUGGAGGUUGAGCGGACCAUGUGACCUCAGGACUCAUGUUUGUUUUGAUGCAAUAAAGUGGUUUUUGUUUUUCUAUGU